CCUCAGGCUCUGGGGAUCACCUCUAUGUAGUGGAACUCGCUACCAUGCAUUGGUUGCGUUCCCAUCAAAAGCGUCAGCAUCAUCCAAAAGCACCAAUUGGCGGAGAGUUCCAAGUUGGGAAGAAGGAAGACUGUGAUUCGCGAAUGAAGUCAGUUUAACAUAUGAUGUUGACAUCAGGUCAUCCAUGCUGUUGGGCCUGAAAAUCGGAUGGCGGAGGAGGUCAUUCCACACUUGGCAAUGGCCCACAUGGGAGGCCGGAGCACUGCUGAAGAAGGAGGUUUUCAUCUCGUUUUCUUGUCCGACAGCCAACUGUGAUUCUGAGGGUUGAAGCUGGCCGUGCAACUUGCAAGGGGGCACCCAUUUUCAACCAAGGGCAGAGCAACUAUUGAGGAGAGACACGGCACCUGCUGUUUGAUUGCUGUAGGGGCGCUCAUCUGCGCAACAACUUUGACCACCUAUUGCCCACUUCUCAUUCACCUCAGCUCUACCGAAUUGGACGUCUGCAAGGACUAGCUGGGUUACAAUCAUGCAAAGAGAGAGGGGCCAGAGAGGGCGCUCCGGGCGGCCUCGCGGAGCUGGGCGCGGCGGCCAUGGGCACGGGAGAGGGGAGGACCGGCGAGGGCUGUUAAAGGCCCAGGGGGGCGUUAAAAAGGCCAAGCCGGCGUCCGUCAAGAAUCAGAUACGCUCCAUUGAGCGGCUGCUGAGAACUACCUUGGCGCCUGACAUAAAAGCGACCCAGGAGGCCAAGCUGGCGGAGUUACGCAAAGUCGUAGACGCACAUGCGCAGAGCGACCUGGAGCGCAAGCUGGCGGUGCGGUACCACAAGAUUAAGUUCUUCGAGAGGCGGAAGGUGGAGCGGCGCAUUCGGCGCACGGAGCGCGCCCUGCGCGGCUUGAGCGAUGCGGGGCCGGAUGCGCAGGCGCAGCAGGCUGAGCUCAGCCGCCAGCUGGCGCAGCUCAAGGAAGAUUUGGAGUAUGUCAGAUUCUUCCCCAAGGAUCAAAAGUACAUUGCCCUCUUUGCGGGCGGUGAUGAUGCGGCGGUUCAGCAGAAGAGGCAGGAGAUGCGAGAGCGGGUGAAGGCAAACAUAGCUGCCGCAAAGGCAGCACAGAUCGACCUGGAAGAGGCGAGCGGCAGUGAGGGCGAGGACGGAAUGGGCGACAUGAGCGACGACGACUUUUUCAUGAAGGGUGACAUCAGCGACGUAGACGCAGACGACGAGUGGACCGAUAUCAGUCCCAGGGAGGACUCACGUGGCAAUUCGGCCCGAGGCGACGCCGGUCGGGCCGCACUCCCCUUGGACCCGGUCAUGGAGGACGAGGAGGGAGAACGGGAACGCGGGGCUGCAGCAAAUCGCAAGCAGGCAGUCAGUCAGAGAGGGAGGGAAGGGAGGCCCCAUUCCGGGGGGCGGAUCCAGCAACGAGGUGGGGGGGGGGCUCAGGAAAGCCGCAGCAUGUUGCACGGGGGGGUGGAAGAGGGGGCGGAAGAGGGAGGCAGAACAGCGAAGAAGGACGUGCGGCUCCCAUGAGGAUAGAGAAACCUGGAGCUGGCGUUGGGGGUAAGAGUGGGAACAGAAAACGGCCAGCUGCGCCGAUGGCUCCUCAGGAAGGUGCGGGAGAGCCGGGUGAGGAAGAGAAUAAGAAACGGAAAAGGACACGACCAAAGAAGAAGAAGAAAGGGAACUAGAGGAGCUGAACACUUUUGAAAGCACCUCUGCCAGAAGUUCACGAUGAUGUUGGUCACCUGCUUUUGUCACCUUGGGAAUUGGCGUCAUUAGUAUGGCUUGUUCCAAAUCCAUCAUUUUGUUACUCGGCAGUGGAGUUAUUUGAAUUGGCAUGAUUCUGAU